AUGUCUCUACUUACAAAUUAUGAGGGGCUUCGGCAUCAGAUAGAGAGGUUGGUGCGGGAAAACGAGGAACUGAAGAAGCUGGUACGGCUCAUUCGGGAGAAUCACGAGCUUAAGUCUGCUAUCAAGACUCAGGCAGGUGGCCUCGGCAUCAACGGGUUCACCAGCGGGCUUGGUGAGGCAGCCACAGGCCCUUCCCAACAUCAGGGUGUUUUCCUGCCCCCAUCCCCAGCAGCAGCAAAGGAGCCAGGCAUGGAAGACAUGGGAAUGGUGGCCCUGACCCCUCUGACUGAUGUGCUGAACAGCCCACAGCUCAGUCCUGCAGCAGGCUCCCUUAUAAGCCCCCUGGGGACCCCCAUUAACCCCCUGCUCUCUGGCCAAAUGCCCCUGGCCCCGAACAGACCCUUGAGCGGUCACUUGACCAGUCCCAUGGCUGUACCCCCUGGGACCACUCUGGCCAGCUCGCUGGGUCUGACUUCAACUGGCUCCCUGACGACCAGCAGUCGGCUGGCAGGCCCACUGGCUGUAUCUCAGAGCAGCCCCCUCAUGGCUCCCCUGGCAGGCACAGUGGCAGUCUCUCUGAGCAGCCCCUUGCUCCCCCCCACCACUGCCCCUCUAGGUGUUUCUCAGAACAUACUGCCCAACCCCAUAAACAACCUAGGGCUGUCAGAGGUCCCAAGGGUGCGGGUGGCGGAGCCAGCCCGAGGAAGCCUCUCAGGAGCCUCAGCCCCAUCCUGCCUCACUCUAACCCCCCCUCUCAUUUCCACAUCACCAGUCACCAGUGAGCACCCCCAGCCGACCCAGGACUCAGAGCCCCUCAACAUGAUGUUUGUGGGUGCACCCCUCCAGACCUCCACACCCAUGAACACCAUGGCCACAUCCAGUACCACAACAAAUUUUUAUGCCACCUCGGAUACUCGGACCCAGACGGGUGUUCUCCAGGGACAAAUGACCCUUGCUUCUCUCCCAAACUCCCCAACAGGCUCUCCUACUUGCACAGUCCCCAACUCUGUCCCGACACCUGCCCCCCAAGGUACUGGAAACUAUUCCCCUUCAAGAAACUCCCACUCCAACUCCACCACUAGGGUGCACCAAUCUCCUACCCGGCCUGUGCCCAAUCCCCAUUCUCCCCCACGCAACCCCCACUCCCCGCCCCGCACCUCAUCUUCUCCGGCUUCAGUCAAUGACACCCGGGGUGCACGCACGGUGGAACAGUCUCGGAAGAGCGUGCUGGAGAUGGAGCGGAAGAUGUCCCAUCGCAAGUCUAGCAAGUUUCCUGACACUCCCCGAGACUCAAAGCAACUAGCCUGGGAGAGGCUAGUGGGGGAGAUCGCCUUCCAGUUAGACCGAAGAAUCCUAUCCAGCAUCUUCCCAGAGCGCGUGCGCCUCUACGGCUUCACUGUCUCCAACAUCCCCGAGAAGAUCAUCCAGGCCUCCCUAAACCCCAGUAACCACAAGCUGGAUGAGGACCUCUGCCAGACCCUCACGCAGCGCUAUGUGAGCAUCAUGAACAGGCUGCAGAGUCUGGGCUACAAUGGACGGGUGCAUCCAGCGCUGACAGAGCAGCUGGUGAAUGCGUAUGGCAUCUUGCGCGAGCGGCCUGAGCUGGCAGCGUCUGAAGGUGGCUCCUACACCGUGGACUUCUUGCAGCGUGUACUGGUGGAAACCGUGCACCCCAGCAUGCUCACCGAUGCGCUCUUGCUGCUCUCCUGCCUUAACCAGCUGGCCCAUGACGACGGCAAACCUAUGUUCAUCUGGUAA